UGUAUUUGGUUCCAGUCCACCAGAUUGUGUUUGUUUCAGCUGGGCUCAAUUCUAUUUGGGCUGCCACAAAUGAAUAAAAUUUGAUCGUUUAAUUUAUUAUAGCUCUGUUUGUGUUUUGCUCUAAAGCCCAGCCCACUAAAGAGGAAAGAUGACAAUAGCGUCUCUUCCACUCUGAGUCUUCGUCACCGUCUGCCUCCGUCUCCUUCCAUUCCCCUUCUCUUUUCUGCAAAUCCAAAGCCCUAAAUUCAAUUGUAGAGACAGUGUUGCAUUCACAGAGAUCUCGGCGACAAUUCGGUCAUUCAUCGGCCAUCGCCACGAGUUUGAAGAAGGGCUUUAACCGCAGUAGGUUCUCGUACUUCCCAACAGGCAGUGCAUCAUCGAAAAUUGAAGGGUAGUGCUGAUUGGAAAGGGAGAGUAGAGGGAAAGGAGAAGCCAAGCAGAACUGAAUCCGAAGGUAAAAUUUAUCUUCCUUUUCAGUUGCAGGAAAGGUUCAGAAGAACCCUAGAAACUAUGGCGGAGUCCGAAUCUACUGGCUUGACAGAACCUGGGAGAGAAGAAGAACUGGAUUGGACUAGUAAGUUACCUGAUGAAGUUCUUGUCAGCGUUCUGUCCUUCUUGACCCUCAAAGAAGCUGUUUCUACUUCAGUCCUCUCCAGCAGGUGGAGAAAUUUGUGGAGAUGGGCCGAUUUGGAGCUAGAUUUCGAUGGCUCCAAGGUGUUGGUAGAUAUGUAUGAUAGGCUGCUGCACAGGAACGAGCCGUUUGUGGAAGAAAAGAGGCAGUGGUUCAAGAAUUGGGUGAAUGUAGUGGUGAGCCAGCUGCACAAUGCCCCGAAACUAAAAAAGCUGAGAGUUGUAUUUAGCUUGACUAAUCAAUGCAACUGCGAGAGGGAUAUCGAUAGGUGGUUGGAGUUUUCCAUUUCGAGAAGAGUCGAGUCUCUUCACCUGGACUUGCAAGUGCCGCCGGAUUAUCAGUAUCGCCUCGAUUAUGAUUAUGCAUUCUCGGAAGAAUGUUACAAUCACAUUAAGGCUCCAGCUGGUCUGAGGGAUAUCAAGUUCCUCACAUCAUUGCGUUUGAAUUGUGUCGACAUUCGAGGGGAGGUUCUUGAACAUUUCGUCCACAAUUGCCCCUUACUUGAAGAAUUGGUUGUGAGAAUGUCAAACUCCCUGAAAAUGCUUAGGGUUGUGGGCUCAUCACAAUCACCACUCCGAUUGAAGCACUUGGAGCUGAGAUACUGCAACUCUCUCAAGUCCCUGGAGAUCAAUCAUGCCCCUCGCCUGGUCCGCUUGAUUUUUGAUAAUUGUUUCGCGGUGAAGGAAGAUUUGCAAGUGAAAAACUGUCCUUGUCUCGUGGAUUUGACCUUGGGGUUAUAUAGUGCACGGUAUGAUUCCACGUUCAAAGCCCUUUAUGGCAACGCUAGUCAGUUGAAGUCCAUGUUUUUGAAGAUCUUUUGGGAAAGCGGUUUACUGCCUUUGGAUAUGGCUGAACACACACAUCUUGAGCGGCUAAUUAUCCAAGUUAAUGGAGGAAGCUAUGGAAGUCUCCUUCGGCUGACUCCUUUGAUAAACGCAUGUCCUCGUUUGCACACAGUGCAAGUGUUUUUGCAUACGCACUAUAGUGAGAAUCCAUACAACGGGGGACCAAGGGACGUAGGCAUCGUGAAAAGGCAUCGACCGAGCAUCAAAGUGGUUGAGAUUGUUGGGUUUAGUGGCUUUGAAAUGGAGAGUGAUUUUGUUGAGUAUGUGAUGGAGUACUUUGUGGGGUUAGAGAGACUAGUGAUUGAUCGGGGAUUGGAAGCUCCUUUCUUUUACGAUGGAGUGACUUUUGGCACUAGAAAAAGUAGAGUUUGCAGCGAGGAACAAGCCUGCACAGCCGAGAAGCUGGCUUUGGAAUUCAAGUCUAAAGCUCCCCCGACCCUUGAAUUUGUUGUGAUUUAGUUGUUGUUUUCAAUCUAUUAUUAUUGCUACUAUUAUCUAUUAUUAGACAAAUUAUUAUUGUUGUUGUUGUUAUGUGCGAUUGGGGAAUGUGAUCAUACGAAUUUGUUUCUUGUAGCUGGUGGUGCUGUGAUGGUUUGGUGGCAUCGACGCUGGAUGGGUUUGUCGUUUGCUGUGGGCUAGGGUUCGUAAAUUGGCUCUCGUUUACUGUUUUGUUUGUGGGCUCUCAAUAUCUUGUGUUGGGCUUUCUUUACUUCCAUGGACCUCGGCUCAAACUCUAUAUUAAUUUUUUUUGGUAGAAUAUAGGGCGCUUAAAGGGCGCCCCAACCUUUAUGCAUUAAACCAACCGGGGCGUUUUACUACAAAAUAUUUUUCAAAGUAAUUUUUCCAUAUAACUUCCAGUAAGGUUUCACAAUCAUUGAUAUCCUUUCAUGUAUAUUUUUUCCCACUAACUAUAUAGUUACUCAACAAUGCAUAAUUGUUUUUAUCAUUUUAAUGGAUAACUAGUACUCGGCCCGCGCUCCGCUGCGGGGUAAGAUUGAUUCCAGAAAUUAACAAACAUAUUAACAAACUUUGUGCUCACCGCACAUAUACAUCUGCCAUAUUUUUGUCUGCAUUCAAAAUAGGAAAAAAAAACUUGAGUAUCUGAUGCCUUCGACUAAAUUUGAAAACAUAAACACAUUAGCCAAGUUUUGUCUUCACUGAAAAUAGGGAACAGAAACUUUAGUCUAGAAUGGAUAAUUCUGGGGGUGGAUGGGAUACUUUGUCUGGUCUUUCUGUCUGUAGUGCUGAAGGUUACUUAUCUAUCCUUGAGGUGUGCCAAAGGGUAGUGCUGGUGGUGCUGUGAUGGUUUGGUGGCAUCGACGCUGGAUGGGUUUGUCAUUUGCCCCCGACCCUUGAAUAUGUCAACUUCUUAUUUCAGCGUAUACGAAUUGUGGACAGUUGACACUUGACUCCACUCUUGUUAUCCAGUUGGCCGGCCAUGACUUCUCUUCAUUGAGCUAUUUGUAACGCUAGCAACCUUGACUUAAUUUUCAAGCCUCUAGCCAUAACCGCGGACUCCAUUUUUCUUGCUAGGUUCACUUAAACAACAGUUGGAUGGAUGGGGAUCAUUCGUUGGUGCAACGCAAAUAUAAAGCCAAUGACCAUUUAGUCAUAUGCUCAAAAAGUAUACAUAGCGAGUGAGUGCUUUUAACUUCGGUUCACAGAGGAGGAGACGCCAAGCUGGGAGGAAACUUCUCCACAGAGAUGGCCGCAUCAGCUUUCGAUAUAAUAGCAGGCUAGUAGCUGGGUAAUUUUAUCAGAGCAAUUCACGUUUAUAUUGCAUUCUCAAUAUUUAAGAUGAAACGACAUGGAUGUUUACAAUUGUAAAAUCAAUUGCUAAUUGCAUGUUUGCAGCCUGCAACAAAUGCAAUUGCAUAUGAAGGUCUAAAAAAUCGAGAUUUAUUUUAUUUUAUUUCCUCUUUUACUUUAUUUUCUAUAAUUUAAACAUAAUGUUUAAUGAUAUAUGCAGUUGCAUUAAUGUAGGUGAAUGAAAGUGAUUUGAGGUGGAUUGAAAAAAAAAAUUGAGUUGACAAUAAAAAGUACAAAUCCAAUUGUAUUUUGCAAUUGCAUUAAUGUGUAUGCUCUUAGAGUUUUUUAUUUUAUUUUUUCCUUUUGGUUUAGCUGACUCCACGUUUUACACUAUUAUUAUUAGGGUAAAUACAAUUUAACAUCCAAACCUUUCAUUUUAAACAAUAUAAUAGCCAAACCUUUUCGGAAACAAUCUAAUAUCCAAAUCGUCAACUUUCCGUUCGUUUGACCGUUAGUUGACACUUCAAAAAAGCUUUGUUUAGGGGAAAUUGUCACAAUACAACUUUGUUUCUUGUUUUGGCAUUGCAGAUGACUGAAUAUUUAGAUAUUCUAUACCAUCAUGGUGGAGUCAUAGACUUCUCGGGUUUGGAACUACGAUAUGUUGGUGGUUUUUCAAAGAAGAUAUCGAUGGAUAUUGAUGAAGUGUCGUACUUCGAACUUUUUUGAAGUGUCAACUAACGGUCAAACAGACAGAAAGUUGACGAUUUGGAUAUUAGAUUGUUUUCGAAAAAAUUUGACUAUUAUAUUGUUUAAAAUAAAAGGUUUUGAUAUUAAAUUGUAUUUACCCUUAUUAUUACUACGAGAUUUUUCUUCCUUUUGGGCAAAGAUGCUUAGUUUGACCUUUGAAUUCUCUCAAUUGGUCAUUCUGGUACAUAAAUAAGAUCAAAUUCCUAGUCUUAGUAACUAGCUUACAUUGUUAAUUACUCGAUCUUCGAUCUGUUGCCCGGGUUAUGUUUGUAUGAAAAUUUAUUGGGCAAUGUGGGACCUAAUAAAAUUGUUAAAUUCAAUUCACAUGCGCAAUUUGUUUGGUUUCUUUAAUUUGUGGUGAUCUCAUUUGAGUAUAUAUAAAUACAAUAUUGUAAGCUAUGGUUGAUCUAGAAAUUUUACAUGGGAUAUUAUUUUCAAAAAAAAAAUUAUGCAAUCCAAAAAAUUAAUUUACUUAAUAAUUAAUAUUUGUUUAGAAGCAAAAUUUUGAACAUUUUUUCCAAAAUGUAUUUUGAUGAUUCGCAAUCAAUGCGUAGUAAAAACUUUUGAUUGAACAAAUCAUGCUGAAAUUUUGAGAUGCAUAAAACAAUAGCAAGCAAUAUUUUUUUUUACUGUGGAGUAAUUUAUUUUGAUAGGCUUCCUAUGUUUAGAAGUAAAGCAUACUAACAACUCCUUAUCAUUUUGGAUCUGCUUAAGGAUUCCUCCAUAUCCUAGGUAAGAGGUAUCGAUUUCAACAAAUUUAGAGGGAGAAGGAUCACUUAUGUGAAGGCAUUGGAGACUCUGAAUCUGCCUCUUAAUUUGCUGAACUAUUUUAGUAUGCUGGUCACUCCAAGGAGGGGGACUCUUCUUUAAUCUAUUAUGGAGAGGUUUACAAAGAAUAUUUAUGUUGGGAUAAAAGUCAAGGAUAUAAUUCAAACUACCAAGGAACCGUUGUAAUUGAAUUUUAGCUAAAAUUUGAUCAGAAAAUUUAUCUUAAAAUUGAAAAGAUCUUGUGAUUGGAACAAUAGUUCCUUGAUUAAUGUAGUGACCCAAAAAAACAUAUCUUAAUUUGAAAAAGACUAAGUUUUGGUUUAGAGACAGUCAGACCGUUACGUCGAGUGACUUCAAGAAAUAGAUUGAGAUGUUUGAAUGUUGGUUAAUGGAUAAAGAAAAAGAACACAUUCAUCCACUACCUAUUAACUAUAAACCCCCUAUUAACUACCUAAUCCACUAUCAUCCAUUAGAAUGACUUUAAGAUUCUUCUUAAGGAAUAAAGCUUAAGGACUAGA